AUGCUUCAGGCAGCCCUCAUCGCAGCUCUAGAUGUUGGCGUCACCUUCGAUGCGGACCUCAUGCGUACUGUCACCUCCACACCUCCUCACAUCUACAACCGGAACAACGAUGUCGAGUCUGCCACCAAUGUGGUUAGAUGGCGGAGCGUACGGGAUGCGCAUCCUUGA